UGAACUAUAUACUUGAAAACGAUUAAGAUGGUAAAUUUUAUAUUAUGUGUGUUUUACCACGCAAAUCACCCCCCCUCUCCCGACCCAAACGUAACAGGAGGACCAUAUUUUGCUGACCCUGCGUUUAGAGCCAUUCGAUCUAGCACACAGAAAGAGAGGAGGAGGGAAGAGGAAAUUCCAUGUGUACAAUAAGACAGGGACUUUGCCCAAAGCUCAAAGGCAGUGAGACAGAUUUCUCGAGUAUUUAAAAGGAGUAUCAUAGUUGGAGUGGGGUGGGGUUCUGGAAAGCUGCAGUUCAUCCUGGUGAUUAUCAUCCCAUGCUCUUUAGGGAUAGAGAUACCCAGAGUUUAUAGCCACACUUUCUGGCAUAACGAUCGGAGCAGGGAUUUUCUCCUCUCUCCCGAGGCUUGGGGAACCUCUGCAGCUGUCACAAGUGUUCGUAUCAGAUGCAGCUGAAAAGCCAGCCGGUGCUUCCUUCUUGGCGACUGGUGAUGCUUCCUGUAGAUGAUCUGGUCUCUUCCCAAGGCUAGAAACUCCUAGUGUUUUGGUUAUUAACCACAACAGGUUCACUGGCUAAAAAGGAACAGCCGCUAGUCUGAGUCAGCUGUUGCUGCACCUCCUUGCCAAGAUUCUUGUGCCAUUAGGAUUUGCUUGUCAGCUGGAGACCUGGACCCUUCACCUCUGGAAACAAUGCUGCUCUCAGGACCCCAGGCCACAUUUCUCUCAGUGGUGUGGAAAACGUUCUCCAACUUCCCAGCUCUAGCCUUGGCAGCCCUCAGCGUUUCUAAGACCUGGAAAGAGCCUAAAGUCUAACCGUGGCCUCCCAUCUCACUGGGGGAAGCAGGUCUCCGGUGUGUUUAAUGCUGUUCUUAGAAAAGAGUUAGCAUAUCCAGAUCCAUUUAUAUGAUCGUGCCCCAUCUGAAGCUGAAGUCGGAGGAAAUCUAGGAGCUCUCUAUUGCAGCUGAAAGGCGGGGCUGGUGCUGAAGGGCCACCAGUCAUGUGAACUGCAGGCAUGGCCAGGAGCAGCCUUGGGCAGCGCUGGGUAGUUCGGAGUUUCGUGCUCUCUGUUGGAAGGAAGAUGGCAUCAUCACUUGGUAGCGAGCGCUCACUCCCCCUUCCCUGUCUCCAUGGAUCCCGCCACCACAGAGGGCUCUGAGUGCCAAUAGCCUCUUAGCAGCCAGGAUGCCGAAGGGCAAGCUGAAAACUUUCUUUAGAAAAGGAUGGAAUUCUUGGUUUCACAAGGGCCUAGGAACCUCUUAGAGAAGCCAGCCUUUUGGGACGUUCCUCUCUCUUCCCCUGCCCCACCCCAGGUAAGAAAAGCGCAUAGCCCAGAGCUGGUUUACGUCCUCUGCCUCAGGAAGUGUAGGGUACGGGGACCCCCACCUCCCAACGCUGAACCCCUUAAAUCUGCUUAUUUUCAUGUACCCAUGGAGGGGAGUGGACCUGUGAUGCAAGCAGGAUUAUUUGGUCAUGAGUGUCUGCUGACUCAAUCUGGAGAGGCUUUUGAAGGAGAUGAGAUGAAAUUUCAUCUGUGCUACAGAGAGCAGGGGUGCAUUGCUGGAUGGAAAGAGGUCUGGAGGCCGGGUGUGAGCCAAGGCUACAGAUGCACAUGUUGAAUGGAGCUCUUCUUGCCCUGCUGUUUCCUGUGGUAAAUACGCGGCUGCUCCCCUUUGAACUGGAGAUUUACUACAUUCAGCAUGUUAUGCUCUACGUGGUACCCAUCUACCUGCUCUGGAAAGGAGGUGCUUAUACCCCGGAGCCCCUCAGCAGUUUCCGGUGGGCCCUUCUCUCGACUGGCCUCAUGUUCUUUUAUCACUUCAGCGUCUUGCAGAUCCUGGGCCUGGUCACCGAAGUGAAUUUGAACAACAUGCUGUGUCCGGCCAUCUCAGACCCAUUCUACGGCCCCUGGUAUCGCAUCUGGGCCUCGGGACACCAGACUCUCAUGACCAUGACCCACGGGAAGCUGGUCAUCCUGUUCUCAUACAUGGCUGGGCCCUUGUGUAAAUAUCUGCUGGAUUUGCUCCGGCUUCCAGCCAAGAAAAUAGACUGAAGGUGCUUGUGUUUUUUUGUUUUGUUUUGUUUUGGGGUUUUUUCUUUUCUUCUGCCCCUGAGGAAACAAGUCCUGACUUGACUUGGAGGACACCCAGUUCUUGAUGACAUCAUGGGAGAGGGCAGGAGGACGUUUGGUGUGUUUCUUUUUCCUUCCUCUCUGUCCCUUUCUUCCACCACUCUUCCUUCCCCGGCUCUUCCCCCAGGACGGCUCCUGGAGCCUGGGCUGUAGUCCUGGAGCCUGGGCUGUAGUGCUGGAGCCUGGGCGGUAGUGCUGGAGCCUGGACGGUAGUCCUGGAGCCUGAGUGGUAGUCCUGGAGCCUGGGCUGUAGUCCUGGAGCAUGGGCUGUAGUGCUGAGGGCCGCACGUUUCCUCCUUCCCUUUGCCGCUCUCUCCCUGCUCCUCAGGGCCUUAAAUGGCGAGGCAGUAGUCAGUGGCUUUCACUCUGCUUGUUGCUGCUUUAACAACAUCUGGUUGAGGAGAAAGGGAACAACAAGCAGUAGUUCUUUUGGCAUCGAAGCGAUGAGAUUGGGCUGUGUUUCAUUUCUCCACUGCCAGGGACCUCCAGGCUUAUGCUGGGGUCCCCUUUCGUCUCCAGCACAGCCCUCACCAUAAGGGGACUGAGGCCUUGUUUCUAUACCAGCGGCAAGCCGAGAGCCAAGGGAUUUCCCAGCUCAUGGCCAAAAGAGAACUGGUCAGAUUCUUCCCACUGGCGUCCCAUGACUCAAAGCAAGCAGCCAGCCAGCCACUCCCUCCAGAAUGCUGCCAGAGGUGGGAGGUGUGGGGCGCUACCCAGCCCAGGGGCUAGAUUCCACUCUUGCAAUGGCAAAUCCAGAGUGCACAAGGUUGAAAUGUCCACAGCUAAUGCUAGGCAGGACCUGGGGUAAAUUCUGCUUGAGAGCUGAGAACUGACCCAUAUCCCAAUCAGAAGUGAGCGUAGACAUUAGUCAACAGCAGUGGUAACUUGAGAAAACUGUGAUUUGAGUCACAUGCUUGCUUUUAGUUUAAUGUUGAUAAUAGAUGACAUUUGAAUUUUGAGUGCCCCUUAAAUGUUCUCUCUCUCUUUUUGAAAGGCAGCUUCAGGGAAGGAUGAGCUAGAGUUGGGUGUUUUGGCUUUGGGGGUUUUGUGUAUUCGCUUGUCCAUUUGCUUUUGGAUGUUUGAGUUCGGAGAAUCCUUGCAUUAGGGCCUGUCUCUGGAGGGACACCUGUCGAUGCGUUUCGUGGUUUUACAGCAUGUAUCGGCAUCCUAGGUUCGGGAAUACACAGAUCCUGCAGUGCUGUUUCCCUAGGGCCAGGUGUCGUCACUGCGGCCAGACUCAGAGCUGAAUUGUUCAGCGUGGGGGGCAUCACAUGCUCCCCACCCCGAAAGCCCACGUCUGGGUUGAAAGGGAGGUACCAAAAAAAUCAGGUCCCCAUGGGUGGAGGUUCAAGUGCUCUGAAAGGGAGACCUUUUGUUGCAAGGCAGCCUCAGUCAUACGUGGACCUCAAGAAGCGAGGUGGUGCCAUUUGCUGGUUCUUUGUUGGUUCUUACUAAGAAUAGAUUACUUAAUAACAGAAAAGAUCUUUCUGUGACCUCCUCUGAUGGGCCCCCCUCCCUCUCCCACUCUAGGCAACCCGGUUGCCCCGGGCCCAUUCAGUAUUUCAGGUGUUACUGUAUCAGACCUAGAUUGAGUUUCAGUGACUCAGUGGUCAUGAUUUUAGCAAGUGGACCUACAGGAGGCAGCAGGGUGGGGAAGAGUCUCUCCUAGCAAGGCGAGGCCCAGGGAAGCAAUCACGGCGGGGCCCAUCCCUUUGCAGAGGUACGCUGGCAGUGAGGUCAUCAAUCCCCAGGGUGUGGGGUUGCAGGAAGGGGAGACACCGAAUGCUCUGGCUCCCCGUGAGCUCCUCAAGAUGCGUAACCUUCAUUUUCUGCCAUCUUUGAGGGUUUGGCGGAAUUUUUCUUAGUGCCUCUCAGCCCUGGGUUGCCCUCCGGAAGAGGCAGCUCUUGAGGGGCUGGAUUCGCCCCGCCCACGGGCUGCGUGUAGGCGUGGCUGAUGAGGCAAGACCUCAGUGCCCCUUGGCCUCUUUGCAAAAGGAAAGGGGCUCUCUUCCUCCCUGUCUCCGUGGCCUGGUGCGGGGUGCCAGUCAGCUCGAGCUUCCCUUGCACUGGCGUGCCUCUAAAAGUUCGCCACGCUGGCUGGCACUUUGCUGCUGCUUAGAGGGAAAGAAGAAAGUGGAAGCUAUGUGCCGGGCUUGGCCAGGCCAGAGGCAGGUGCACCUGUCCGGGGGAGGGGGAUGAGAAGGGGAGACGCAGGGCUUCUGGGGGCCAGGUUGGCUCAGAAACAUGUGGGGGGAAGGAACAGAGAGCAGGUCCCGUCCACAGGUUCCACAGGGCGUCGCGGCCUGUAUUUGAGGUGUUGGGAAGCAGCAGGCGUCUGAAUUGGUCUCUGCCUGACUCUUACCUUGGGCCAGGCCCAUGCGGAGAGGUUACCUGGCCAUACCCUCGGCGGCCUGCCUUGGAGGGUGGCCCCUGCAGCAGUGGGCCCGGGCCGCCCAGCACGUCCCCUGGGCUUUCCUGUCAGCGCCAAGGAGCUUCCCCAGCCAUCCUGGCCAAGUUUCCAUGUGCCAUUUGCCAGCAUGUGAGAGCUCCGUGUGUGUCUGGGAGAGUGUCUGUGGAAGUGGACAGUUUCUUUUAAAAUGGCCCCGGGAAGGGAAAGGACUGUUCCCUCCAGCCCCCAGGUAGCCUUGGCUAAGGAUUGGCCCGGUGAGAUCAGGGUGUACAGAUGGUCACGCCUGCUUGUAGGCCCCCAUCUCUUCUCCAUUCCCCGUGGUAUUUGCUUCUGUACACCAAAGAUGAUCUGGCCCAUCUUCUUCCCGGAGGCCCAGUGAUGUGGUCCUCUGUCAGCUUGCGAGGAAGCCACAGCUUCUGUCCCCCGAAGUCAACCUUCUCUCUUUCUCCUGGGACUUCUCAGCAUUCGCAGAAGCUGCUUGCAGCGUGGCCAGGAUGUGUGGGGCGUCGGGGCCCUUUCCCGUCCGGUACCUCACGUGCAGCUCUCAGAUCAUCCCUUCGGCCGCAGCCUCCAUCGGGGUUUUGCGCUCGUUGAUACUUCAGUGUUUAGUGGAGCGGGCACAGCUGCCCACGGAGAGCAGGUUGUCAGCACGUCUCUGCGCGCUGGUGUUGGGGGGAGGCUGGCAGAAGACCCUUCCUCCCCCUCCCUUGGCCAAAAAAAAGACUUCCAUGGAUUUGUGCGUGUUGAUCCCGAGUCAUCUGAAGGGGAGAUGGGGAGGGGGGCGAGGGGAGAAGAAGGGCCAGUGUGGCCCCUACAAGACAAGAUACCGGUGCUGGUUUUGGUAAAUCGGGAGCCAGGCAUAAGGGAGGUUGUCUGUCCCGCAGGCCCUCGCAUGCUCCUUGGACUACCGGGAAGGGGCGUCGUCACUGCACGCCCUGCCCCGCCCUCUGGGGUGGGGGGUGGGUAGGGUCCAUGAGAGGGAGCAAACCUUCCUCUUCUGUAUAUAGAGUGAGCCACUUGUGCUCAGGAAAACCUAGUCGCUUGUUGCUGCUCUUGUGACAUUUUUGUACACUGGUUUGCUACUCGUGGCACGAAACAAACACAACAAAAGAAGUCAUUUCAAGCCGAGCUGUUGUUUUGGAAACCUGCUUUCUUUCAGUGUCAGUGUUGUGUUGUAUUUGGACGAAUUCUUCAUUUCUGUUGGUGUUACUGUGAUAGAAUUAGAUAGUCCGACUUGUAAUUCUUUCUGCCGGGAAAUUGGCAGUGCCUCUGUCGUCGCCCCGACCCCGGUCCUCCCUCAUUCCCAGGGUGGGAUUGCUAUGCGCUGGGCACACCCCUCCCUGGCGCCCGCCCCCGCAGUGGCUGCCUUUAGAACCGGUCUUUGUGACCCCCCUAAACAGCUGCAGGAUGAGUAUUUUUGCCAAGCUGGGUCUUGGGUGCUCUGUGCCCCUACCAGUUUGCUCGCCUCUUGGGGCAUUUUGUAAUGUUUUCUCUGUUUUGUAAAACCUUUGGAUUGUACCACAGUGGUUUCUGCAGUCACCUUCGGAAAUAAAUGGUCAUUAAUUUGUGUACUUAGCAUUCUGAAUUUUAGUCUGAAGUGUUUCUGUUGUUGAAGAUCCUUGAAUGAAAAGGAGCCCUCACCAUGGGACUCACUGUUAAAUGUUUCCUUCAUUUACUGCUAUUAAAAGGUUUAUGAGAA